AUGAAUUUUUUAAAUUUGUUUAAGAAUGAAAAGAAAAAUGAGCAGUUGUCAAAUGUAAACGAAGAUAUAAAUGAAGAAGAAAAAGAAAAAAAAUUAUCCACGUUGGAAUUAAAUAAUAAUAUGAAUAAUGGAAACAAUAAUGAUGACCAAAUUAAUGAAGAUGAAAAUAUAAAUGGUUAUGAUAAUACCAUACAAGUAACAAAUGAAAAUGAUAGUCAACUGGAAAUAAAUAAUAUUAAUAUGAAUGAGUUUAACGAGAAUAAUAAGAGUGAUAUAAAUUAUGUAUCUCAAAACUUAGGGGACACAAAUAUAGUGAUAAACAAUAAUGAUAAUAAUACUGGGAAAUAUUUUGGACAUAUAACAAAUAAUAAUAAUAUAAACGUUGAACAAAAUAACCAAUUUAAUAAUAAUUUUAUGAAUGGUAAAAAUUAUUCCAUCCAAAUGGCUAGCUGCACAUUUUUACCUGAACAAAAUAAUAUAACAUUAACUAAUCAAAAUGGAAAGGAGAUAAAUCCAAAUUUUAAUAAUGUUCCAAGUGGUACAAUUAAUGACAACAAUAAUAAUAUGUCGUUUUAUGAACAUUCUGAGAAUAAUGAAAAGAAAAAGAAACCGAAAAUAAAAAAUCAUUAUAUUAAUAAGAUGUCUAAUGUUAAUAUGAAUAAGGAAGAGUAUAUAUAUAAUUCGAUAAAACAUAAUUAUAUAAAUAUGAAUAAAAUAAAUGAUAAUUUUAGUAAUGACCCCAAUUCUAUACAAUAUAUACCAAAAAAAAAUAUUUUGAAUAAUAAUAGUAAUAUAACACAACCUUAUAAAAAAAAAAAAAAAAAUAUUCUAACCAAUAAUAUGAAUAUUAAUAUGUAUGAAAAUAUGAGAGGAAACAAAUCAGAAAUGAUGAAUAUACCAAAUCUAGGACAAUAUGAUUCAUAUGAAAAUUAUACAGAAUUCUCAAAUGUAAUGAAUAAAAAUAUGUUUAAUAAUAUGAAUGGAAAUAAUGAUAUAUUACAAAAUGAUUAUAUGAAUAAUUUUAGGGGACCAAAGGGUGUAAAUAUUGAUGAAAUAUUUAUGACUCAUUUUUUGGAAAAUGAUAAUUUUAUGGAUUAUAAGUUUUUGAAAAGUUUGGAUAAUUCAUAUAAUGUUAAUAGUAAUUAUGUUGAAAAUAAAAUUAAAAAGGAAAUUAAAAAAAGUGGACAAAAUGGUAAUGAUGAUGAUAAUAAUGAUGUUAAUAAUGAAGUUAAUAAUGAUGUUAAAAAUGAUGUUAAUAAUGAUGAUAAUAAUAAUAGUUACAGUAGUAGUGACGAUAAUAGUGAUGAUGUUAAUGAUGAGAAAAAAACAGAUGAAUAUUAUUAUGAAAAGACUUUAAAUUUUCUUAAUAAAGAAUUUAACAGUAAUGAUAUAAAAAAUAAUAAUGAUAGAAAUAUUAUAGAAAAAACGCCAUAUUACAAACUAAUAAACUUUGAAAAAAAAUUAGCUACUGAACGUAAGAGAGUAUUAAAUUAUUUUGACCAAGAUAAGAAACAAAUUUAUUCAAAUACCAUUGGUAAAGAUAAACAAUUUUCACAUAUAUAUUUUAAUAAUGAAAAAUAUUAUGAUACUAAAGAAAUAUUGGCUUAUUUGCUUCCAUAUCAUACAUAUUACUUGGAUGAGGUUCGAAUAGCUUCGUAUGAGGAAGAUGAAAAUUUAUCAAAACAAUUAGAUGAAGAAAUCAAAAAUAUUGAGCAGCGCAUUUAUAAAAUCAAGGAUUCCUUUUACAACCUAACAAAUCCAUCAAUAGCAUGGAGUUUUAACAAAAUAGUCCAUCGAACAACUAGCCAAUUUAACGAUAAAAAAUCGAACACUAAAGAGGUUGUGGACUUAUGA